GCUGCGCUGUUUUUAGAUACACACACUUCCUGUUUCAGCAGUUUCUCUUCUCGUCAGUCUUUGCGCUUUUCAAACUCCUACAAAUACUUUAAAUCCACACUUUAAUGCCUUAAACAGCGCUUCAGUGAAGAGCUUACCCCUGAACCACACACCGUAUUUUAUCGGAGUAAUUCCUCAGCCAGCGACGGGACUGAAAGUUGAAGAAAGUUAACGGAAAUGAGUUUCUUAUUUGCAAGUCGGUCUUCAAAGACAUUCAAACCAAAGAAGAACAUUCCAGAGGGCUCUCACCAGUACGAACUCUUGAAGCAUGCUGAAGCCACUUUAGGAAGUGGCAACCUUCGAGCUGCUGUUAUGCUACCAGAGGGAGAGGAUCUUAAUGAAUGGAUAGCCGUAAAUACUGUGGACUUCUUUAACCAGAUCAACAUGCUUUAUGGCACCAUUACUGAAUUCUGCACUGAGACCAGCUGCUCUGUUAUGUCUGCAGGGCCCAGGUAUGAGUACCACUGGGCUGAUGGUACCAACAUUAAGAAACCAAUCAAAUGUUCUGCUCCAAAAUACAUUGAUUAUCUGAUGACCUGGGUUCAGGAUCAGUUGGAUGAUGAAACAAUCUUCCCUUCAAAGAUUGGUGUUCCUUUCCCCAAAAACUUCAUGUCUGUGGCAAAGACCAUUCUCAAACGCCUGUUCAGAGUCUAUGCCCAUAUUUACCACCAGCACUUUGAUUCUGUCAUGCAACUGCAGGAAGAGGCCCAUCUCAACACUUCCUUCAAGCAUUUUAUCUUCUUUGUGCAGGAAUUUAACCUGAUUGAUCGCAGAGAGCUGGCUCCCCUGCAGGACCUUAUUGACAAGUUGGGUACCAAGGAUAGAUAAAAAAAAUCUACUCAUCACUGAAUCAUUUGUGCCUCAAAGCACUUUUAUCAACAAAAUUUUACCUUUGUUUCCUUUGUUGGAGGGGGGGUUUGAGGUUACCAUGUUGCUGUCUGUUAAAUAAAUGUUUAGGGACCAUUUGUGAAUGAAGAUUAAAAGCUUAGAUAUAUUUUGUGAAACUCCUUCAUAAAAGCAGUUAAGCAAAAUAUACCUUUUUAUAAUGUUUUUGUUUUUAAAUGGAAAUGAAGUUGUUUUAAUAUCAAAAACUGCUAUAACUGUGCACAUUUCACUGUAAGUGUACAGUAUGUGAACCCUUUGGGAUUACCUGGAUUUCUGCAUAAAUUGGUCACUUAAUGCGUUCUGAUCUUCAUCACAACAAUAGACAAACACAGUCUGCUUAAACUAACACCACACAAAAAAAUAUAUGUUUGCAUGGUUUUAUUGAACACAACAUGUUAACAUUCACAGUGCAAGGUGAAAAAAAAUGAACCACAAGGGUAAUUACUUUUCUAAAAGCUAAUUGGUGCCAACCUGGAGUUCAGUCAAUGUGAUGAUUGGAUGUGUUGGUUAAAGCUGCCCUGCCCUAUAAAAAACACACAGCAGUUUUGAGUUUGCUGUUUUUAAGAAUCAUUGCUUGAUGUGAAUCAUGCCUCGCACAAAAGAGUUCUCAGAAGACCUACGUUCAAGAAUUGUUGACUUGCAUGAAGCUAGGAAAGUGUUAUAAAAGUAUCUCUAAAAGCCUUGAUGUUCAUAUGUCAACGGUAAGACAAACGGUAUACAAAUGGAGAAGUUCAGCACUGUUGCUACUCCCUAGGUGUGGUCGUCCUGUAAAGAUAACUAUUUGUGUGUGGUAUUAGUUUAAGCAGACUGUGUUUGUCUAUUGUGACUUAGAUGAAGAUCAGAACACAUUUAUUGACCAAUUUAUGCAGAAAUCCAAGUAAUCCCAAAGGGUUUACAUACUUUUUCUUGCAACUGUAGAUCAUUGGUCAUUGGUAAAUGUUCAUUACUCAGAAAUACUUGUUUAAAAAAAAACCACUGUUUUGCUUGUUGGUCAGUUUUGUUCUAUUAAAUUUUAGAAUAUCAUACAGUAUUUCUUUUUCAUGUCAGUUACAGUCUGCUUAUUUUACUUUUAUUGAAGUAAUUCUUAUUUUACUCUUCAUCGGACAGUAUCGUUGUUUUAAACCAAAAUUUUGUAUAUUCAUGCAAAAUGCAAUAUUGAAUGCAGUCGCCUAAUUCAAGUUUAGAAAUAUGUUUUUUUUAUUUAGAAAGUGAUUUUUUUGUACACUGCUUUUAUCGCCAGCUAACGAUUUCAUUUUUUGGAUUGUAGCUAUAUGUGUGUUAGUGUCACACAACAGUAAAUGUUUGAAUAGAGGUGAAUUGUUCUAAAUGAUCUUAAAUAAUGUAUGCUGUUACUGUAUAGUACAAGUCACAUUUAAGAUUGAGUAAAUGUAUAUAUUUUUAUACCGGGAAUAUUUUCCCAUUUUGGUAAAACUCUUUAAGUGCUAAACUUUUGUAUGUUUAUAGCAUUUGCAAGAUGAAUAGAAGUAGCCAAAAGUUAAAAUGUUUGUCCAAAAGCAUCUCAGUGUUAAUAUAAUCUUAACUGGUGACGAGUUUGCACUGUAAUGCUUGCUUUUACAUUUACCAGUUAGCUUAGUUUUGAUAUGCUUUCGGGAAAUCCAUCCCAGUUUGCCAUUUCAAGAUAUUUUUUAGCACCAGUUUUUUUUAAUAAAGAAGGGACAUCUGUGACUUGGGUCCAUUAAUUUCCAUAACAAUCUGGUGCAUUUUUCUGGUGAAUUGUCCAUUAUAUCUUGCCUUUUAUUUUGCAAUUAUGAGAGCAAGUUUGUAUACUUACCCUCUAGUGCUUAAACUACUAAUAGCAUGCAUUUAUUCUUAAACUGCAUCUGAGCGGAGCUUUGUGCCUUAAGUUCCUCCUUUUUCAUGUGUCAUUCAGUUGUUAAAUAAAAAGUAUUGCACUCUG